AUGGUAAACAAGAGGUGUAGAUCUCCAAAAAUCUCUCCUUUUGAUGAUGAGGAAGAGGAGGAUGAAUAUGAGGUGGAAAACCUUAUAGACAUUAAAUACGUGAAAGGUAAACCUCUAUUCCUUGUUAAAUGGAAGGGAUUCCCCGACGACGACAACACCUGGGAACCAGAGCAAAAUCUAACUAAUCUGCCCCUGUUUGCCGCCAAAAUGGCAUCUAUGAAGGAAGCCUACAAUGGAAAGUCAAAAAAUCGCAAGGGAAACAAGGUCAAACCCAAGGUUAUGGACGAAAAUACUAUAUCAUCACAAAUUUCUCCAAAAAUAUCCGAUAAGGAACCUGAAGUGGAUGACAAGAAUGAUUAUGAUUAUCAGGAACCAGACAAUAAAAGACAUUCCGCAUAUUCGUCCAGGAAGACGGAAAAUAAUAACAUAAAUAAUUCUGGUCAAAAAAAAGUUAAAAAUGAUGCAUGGGUCCCCGUUCUAACUGCAGAUGGACCCUUGAAUGAUCCCCCGGAUGAAGCAGUCGAGGUGGAGGAUUUGCUUGACUAUAAGCCAAAGGGGAGAAAGGAUUUUUAUCUUGUACGGUGGAAAGGAGAUUGGGAGGAUUCUUGGGAGCCAAGGCAUAACCUGCUUAUUGUGGGCGAUCUCAUGAAAAAAAUGACAGAGCUGAAGACCAGAUAUUUGCAAGUAUACGGCCCAGGUGAUAUGGAAGAUGAGGCUCUUGUAUCUAUUCUCAGCAUUAGAAUAACUGGAGAGGCAACAUUGUCAGCCGUUGUGGUUGAAACCUCCAGAGAGAGUGAAACUAAGACUUUGUUGCCACUACAAGAAGUUAGGCAGAGGUGGCCCCAACAAUUAUUGGACUUUCUACUUGCAAGAUUGAGGCUAAGGCCAUCAAUUGAACAGUCUUCUGAUAACUCUCCCGUGCAAAGAGGCGUAUCUAAGUAA